GUUCAAGUCCUGGCUCUGCCAUCUGCCCGCUGUGUGACCUGGGGCAGGUCACUCAAUCUUUCAGAAACUCAGUUGCCUCACCCUCCAAAUGGAACUCCUAUUACAAAUUCAAGAUCAACCUCAAGAAUUGAUCCAGUGAAGGGCCAGGAUGAGUCCCUGACAUCCCUCCUGGUGUGUGUGACCUGUGGAUGAUAGUUGUCCUCUAGUGAGUCAGUGACUGGGAAAGGGCUUUGCAGACUGUGAAGUGCUCUUCAAACAGGAGAGAGCAUGGAAGAUGAUGGGCCUCAGGUCUGCAGCUGGCUUCUGCCUCCUCCAGUGGGCCAUGGCUGGGCCAUGGCUGCUGCUUCUCCUGGCCUUUGAGUGUCCAGCGCUGCCCACAGGGCCUGUUUCCUUCCCUUCCUUCCCGGAGGUAACCACUCUCCCAAGGCUGGCACAACAUGGUGUGUCUGGCACGCCCUUCCCUUCUCUGGCCCCACCUAUCACACUGCUGGUGGAUGGAAAGCAGCAGACACUGGUCAUCUGCCUGGUCCUUGAUGUCACACCCCCUGGCCUUGACAGCCCUAUAUGGUUCUCAGGCAGUAAUGGCAGCGCACUGGAUGCCUUCACCUACGGUCCUUCCCCAGCAGCAGAUGGCACCUGGACUAGUUUGGCCCAGCUGUCCCUGCCCUCUGAGGAGUUGGCAGCCUGGGAACCUUUGGUCUGCCACACUGGGCCUGGACCUGGGGGCCAGAGCCAGAGCACACAGCCCCUACAGCUGUCAGGAGAGGCUUCCAGAGCCAGGACCUGCUUCCAGGAUCCUCUCAGGGGGGCUGGGACACUUGGCCAGGCCCUCUGGCUGGAGGCUCUUCGGCUGCUGCUGUUCAAGCUGCUGCUGUUUGAUGUGCUCCUGACCUGCAGCUGCCUCUUAAUGCAGCCCCCAGCUGCCACCACCUGCACUUGCGGAGGGACUUCAGAUUGUAAGCACACCCAGCCUGCCCAGCCCAUGCUGAACUGCCAUAUGGGUCGGGAGCACAGGAACUCUGGCCUCCAGGAGGGGACUUUCUCAGGGAGCUGGACCUGGCACUCACCCUGAGCCCUCAGUGUUCCUUCCUCAAGUCUUGGAGUUUAUUUUUUGUUUUGUUUUUUCUUUUUUAUGUGACCCGCCUUCUCCUGUAGACUGGAGCUUUUCUCUUCCCCCUCGGACAGAGGGCUUUCCCAGGAUAAAGGCUGUGACUCUCAUCAGACAGAGCCCCUGAGGGUGGGGAUCUGCCCAGUCUCUGGAGCAUUUUGGGUUCAGAUA